GCUGUUGUGCAGGUGCUCCCCCCGCGUGAAAGAGCGCGAGUGGGAUUUCCCAGCGCGUGCACCGAAUUUGAAAGCGCUCGCGGAGGCCCGACGCGACCAGGCUGAGCGAGCCGUGCCGAGGAGGCGCCGACCCGACGGGCGGAGCGGAGCCGUAACCGCGCGGCUUUAACCGGCCAGGGGCGCAGCGCGAACCGCCCUAGCAGGAGUUGAGGCGGAGGGAUUCCGCUCUUCGGGUAUUUUCUGCUUUCCUUCACGGACGGAGCGCCGCCGAAACGGCUCUGUAGGGAGGGGGCGGUGUUUCCCACUCUCGGAGGGAGGCAGCAGCACCGGAUUCGCUCUCCGCUCCGUCCGCUGCGGUUUUUCGGAGACGGAGCGCCGGGGCAAAGGUUGAACCUGCUUGUCGGGCAGCGCGGACGGGCAGCGCCGCGUAGAAUGGCUGCUGGAGAAAGAGAAGAAAGGGACACAUGAAUUCGGGAUAGACUCGAGAGCGAGAGAGCUGAGGAAGAGGAUGGUGAGCAGCCAACCCAAAUACGAGCUAAUCCAGGAGGUGGGGCGGGGCAGCUACGGGGUGGUGUACGAGGCGGUGGUGCAGCGGACAGGGGCUCGCGUGGCCGUGAAGAAGAUCCGCUGCCACUCUCCCGAGAACGUGGAGCUCGCCCUGCGCGAGUUCUGGGCCCUCAGCAGCAUCCAGAGCCAACACCCCAACGUGAUCCACCUGGAGGAGUGCGUGCUCCAGAGAGACGGCCUGGCCCAGAGGAUGAGCCACGGGUCCAACUCCUCUCUGUACCUGGAGCUGGUGGAGACCUCCCUAAAGGGCGAGAUUGCAUUCGACCCUCGCUGCGCCUACUACCUGUGGUUCGUCAUGGACUUCUGUGACGGAGGAGACAUGAACGCCUACCUGCUGUCGCGCAAGCCCAGCCGCAAGACCAACACCAGCUUCAUGCUGCAGCUGGGCAGCGCGCUGGCCUUCCUGCACCGCAACCAGAUCAUCCACAGAGACCUCAAACCCGACAACAUCCUCAUCUCCCAGUGCCGCACGCCGGCCGGCCUGUCCGAGCCCACGCUGAAGGUGGCCGACUUCGGCCUGAGCAAGGUCUGCUCCGCCUCCGGCCUCAACCCCGAGGAGCCGGCCAGCGUCAACAAGUGUUUCCUGUCCAUGGCGUGCGGCACAGACUUUUACAUGGCCCCCGAGGUGUGGGAGGGCCACUACACCGCCAAAGCGGACAUCUUCGCUCUGGGCGUCAUCAUCUGGGCCAUGGUGGAGAGGAUCACCUUCGUGGACGUGGAGACGCAGAAGGAGCUGCUGGGGAGCUACGUGCAGCACGGCGAGGAGAUCGUUCCGCUGGGCGAGGCCUUGCUGGAGAACCCCAAGAUGGAGCUGCUCAUUCCGGCGCGGAAGAAAAGCAUGAACGCGGGAAUGAAGCAGCUGAUCAGGGAGAUGCUGUCGGCUAAUCCGCAGGAACGGCCGGACGCCUUUGAGCUGGAACUCAGACUGGUGCGCAUCGCCUGCAGGGAACUGGACUGGGACACGUGAGGAGACCACUGCCAAGCUGUGGAUGGACAAUUUCUUCCUUUUUGUUUUGUCCUUUUUUUUGUGUGUGUGUUUUUUUUUUUGUUUUUGUUUUUCUUUAUUUUUACACCACCGAGCAAAACAAACGCAGUUGGGUAACGUCAUAAGAUGCUCUGUUUCAAGUCAUUUCUGUAUAUGGUUGUCGUAACGCGUACAAGGUGAGUCAAAAGUCAGGAGUCACGAAAUAUCUGAGAGAUGCUUAAAGGUUCACCCCUUACUCCACAGGAGGAUUUGAUUGGCCAGGACAUGUUCGGUGUCUGAAGCUCGCUUGGAGCUACAAGGCUGGUGUAACAGAAGGCUGUUCACAGUCACACCAAAAAAGAGCAGAAAGCGUCUGGGAACAUUUCGUUUAUCCAUUAAUUCAGUCUCCCUGCCCGUCUGCCUAGCUCUGUUAAAGGCUGCGUGUUCUAGAUAACUGUGAAAAAAGAAAGUUCCCCGGCUCUUAUGGAAUAAAGGUGCUUGAAAUAGUACGUAAACAUUU